UUGCUGGCCUUGCCUUAUUUUGUAAUUUCCUAGAUGGUUUACAUCCGUACUAGUCGCGUUUGUCAGGCAUUAUCAUAGAUACAUUCAAAUACAUUGUAUCAGAGGGUAAAAAAAUCUCGUCCAGGUUUUCUUGCGAUAUAAGGGCAUUCGUUUUAUAAAAUUUGACAAGAUGAUGCCAGGUAGAAUGGGAACCUUACCAAUAGCAGCUGAAAAUCCAUUAGGACUAUCCUGGCAUGAUUCAGCUUGGAUCCCAUUAUUGAACCCCUCCAAUAUAAUGGACUACUUUUCAGAACGAUCUAACCCAUUUUUCGAUCGCACAUGCAACAAUGAAGUUGUUAAGAUGCAGCGUUUGAGUAUGGACCAACUGCAGAAUAUGACGGGCUUGGAAUACAUUUUAUUACAUGUCCAAGAUCCCAUACUGUAUGUUAUUAGAAAGCAACAUCGUCAUGGGCCUAAUCAAGCUACUCCACUAGCUGACUAUUACAUCAUUGCUGGUAUUGUUUAUCAGGCACCAGACUUGGCCAGUGUUCUCAAUUCAAGAUUGCUUUCUGCUGUUCACCAUUUGCAAUGCUCUUUUGAAGAAACCAUGUCAUAUUCACGUUACCAUCCCAGCAAAGGAUACUGGUGGGAUUUUAAAGCCACAAAACCAGGUCUCAGCCCUUUUAGUGUUACUCAAUCAGCACCUAAAGAAACCACUGCUACCCCAAAAGAGGAACCUUCAACAUUAUUCCAGCGCCAGCGAGUAGACAUGUUACUUGCUGAACUAGUAAGACAGUUUCCAUUGCCAGUGACCCAAACUACCUCUAACCAGGUUAAUGGAGUAACUGUAAAAACUGAAAACACGAAUGACAAACAUGCAGAUAAGGCAUCGGAUGGAAGUAAUGUAGGAAAUAUAACGAUAAAACAAGAACCAAUGGAUCCUAUCAAUUCCGAAAGUAUGGCUAAUGGUAAUAUUCAAGGUCACAUAGAAGUAAAAACAGAGAUAAAACAAGAAAAUAUGAAACCACCACCAGAAAAAAAACCAAGAAUGUAAAAUAAUUUAUUUAUACAUUUUAACUUAUUAAUAAAAAAUAAAGCUCAUUUUUAUUUUA